AUGGCAAAAGCGGCGUCCGGCCGAAAGCCCGUACUUGAUGGUGUUUUCGUGAGCGACCAAUUCAGGCCCUCGAUCCGUUACCAAGAGCCAGGGAGGGUCAGCGACGCGCCACCUGCCCCGGACUCGAGCCCCGACCCAGGAGAGGUCGACAACGCGCCACCUGUCCUGAGCUCGAGCGCCGACCCAGACAAGGUCGGCGAUGCUCCACCUGCCCUGGACUUAGAGGCCGACCCCUCCGACCCCGAGUGGGGUCUCUGCGGGUCAUCGCGGGACGUCCAGCGCAGGAUAGACCCAUUCCAUGCUUUGGGAACGGGAUUGGCCGAGACAAGGGUAGAGGCCGCUCCGGACGCUCCUGACACCGCUGUCCCCGAUGCCGCGGUCGAGGCAGGCACCGCCGCCCCGGAUGCCACUGGCCUCAUCGACGGUCCCGGCGCAUGCGCCCCCGCCCUCAUCGAGGUCGCCGCGGCCGUCCUCGACGCCGACGCGCGUCCCGACCCGUCCGCUGCCGCCACCGUCUCCGUCACGGCUACCGGAGCGGGUGUUCCCGUCACCGCCGUGUCCUUCGUCACGGCCACCGAGCCUACCUCGUAUCCCAACAUCGCUAUCUUUGUUGCGGCUCCCUGGGCGGAUGUCCCCGCCUCCGCCGUCGUCGCUGCCUUCGUCGCAACUGCCGUGGUGGGCGUCCUCGCCUCCCCCGCUGCCGCUAUCACCGCCGUGGCCGCGGGGUCGGACUCUCUCUCCUCCGUCGCCACCGCCAUCCCCGUCACGGCCGCUGGGGCAACCGCCUCCGUCUGCGCCACCGUCGUCGGAGCCGCACGCUCCUCCUCCACCUCGUCAUCGAGGUCUAUCACCACCCUGGUCGGAGGGCCCCCAGGGGCAAUGCCCUGCCCCGCGAGGUCGACCGAGGAGGCAGAGGGCAAAACAGGGGUCAGACCGUGCCCCGUGCCCGGCUGCGGCACCACUCCUCCAGUUGCCGCCGCAGGAGCCACCUCCACGGUAGGGUCCGCGGUCUCCCCAGCGACACCCCCGCUCGCUGCCAGCGGGGUCACGGUCCGUCCCGCGGAGGUGGAAGACACCCGCAGCGCCUUCUUCGGCGCCAGCGACGGAACAAAGUCCCGGGGGGCGGCGCUGUGA